UCGAUUUCGGCUUCAAAUUUAAAAGGAUACCAGCCGCAUUGUUGAUAAUGAGCUGCGUGAUAUCGAGUUCUCUGUAAAAAUUUCAGUUUAGACAUCGCCAUUUGCAACAUUUUACACCUGUAUUCUUGGGAAGGCCUUUAUUCUGUCAGCAAGUAUUAUAUUUCGUCAUUUUUCUCAAGAUGACUUCAGAAUAUGGCAAGGAGAAUUCUACUCAAGCACAUAUGUCGUCAAAGGCACACAUGACACCAGUUAGUGUACCGAGGGCCAAUGCAGGACCAAAGAGGAUCCUCAAACCCAACACGACCAGUUCAAACGUUGCUUCUUCACUGAAUAGAGGUACUACAGCCCAGGCCAGGACACAACCUGUCAAAUCAGCGGAGAAUGGCCACGGGCACGAUGACAAACAAAUGGAACCAAAGAAAUCAUGGACAUUGAAAGACUUUGACAUCGGGCGGCCGUUGGGCAAGGGCAAGUUCGGGAGCGUGUACCUGGCCCGCGAGAAGCAGACCAAGUACAUCGUGGCCCUCAAGGUGCUCUUCAAGUCGCAGCUUCAGAAGGCUCAAGUAGAACAUCAGUUGAGGAGAGAGAUUGAGAUUCAAUCUCAUCUUAGGCAUCCCAAUAUUCUCAGGCUCUUCGGCUAUUUCUACGAUGAGAGCAGAGUAUACUUAAUUUUGGAAUAUGCUCCAAGGGGAGAGCUCUACAAACAGCUUCAGAGAGCAGGAAGAUUCGAUGAGCAAAGAACUGCUUCAUACAUCAGCCAGCUAGCCGACGCCCUAAAAUACUGUCACUCCAAGAAGGUUAUCCAUCGUGAUAUCAAACCAGAGAAUCUUCUACUUGGUCUCCUAGGUGAUCUUAAGAUUGCAGACUUUGGUUGGUCUGUCCAUGCCCCUUCCUCAAGACGAAACACCCUAUGCGGCACCAUGGACUACCUGCCACCCGAGAUGAUUGAGGGACGCAUGCACGACGACAAGGUAGACCUGUGGAGUCUGGGCGUACUCUGCUAUGAGUUCCUGGUGGGCAAACCUCCAUUUGAAGCAGAGGGCAGCACCGAGACCUACCGUAGAAUCACAAAGGUUCACUAUCAGUUCCCAAGUUACGUAUCAGCUGGUGCCAGAGACGUGAUUAAAAGGCUACUCCAACAUAAUCCCGCCAACAGACUCCCGCUAGAACAGGUCCUGGCCCAUCCCUGGAUCGUAGAGAACUCUAAGAAGAAGCCCUCAUCAUCCUCCACUUCAUCAUCAGAAUCGCAAUCAUGAUAGAGCCCCUCCUCAAAUAAUCGAUAUAUACUUUGUAUGAAAACGUAUGUUGAGUACAGAAGACCCAUGGUUCAUAGUCAUUAAUUCCUGUCCUUUCGAAGCUGGUACUAUUUAUGUGUUUAUUUUCGAAUAGGUGGGCAAGACAAGUUAUUUUUCCAUCGCUCCACAGAAGCAACGUGUGGAAGCAUUAGUGGGGAUAACACAUGUUGUGUACAUGUUAAUUAACGUUGAUGAUUACGAUGAAGAUGACAAUGAUGUUGACGUCGAUGAUGUUUUGUACAGCAGAAGUAACUAUGAUAAGGACGAUACCGUCCCGUUGUAAUACCAAAUAUUUUGAUACUUGUGAUGGGCAAGAUCAUGGUGGUCUCCAACAAAAAGGAAAAUUAUGUGUCUGUAACAUAGUCUACUGAGAUCACUUAUUUAAAAGUAAAAUUUAUAUUGAUACAUUUACUUUCAAACCAGGAUCCUGUAAGUUUUUUGUGAGUGAUUUAGGUUUGCAACAGGUUCAUGUUGCAAAGUUAUUGAAUCACAACCCUGAUUUUGUUUGUCUUUUUCUAUUUGUUUCCAAAUCAUUAACAUUUUUUGUUUUAAAGUAAGCUUUAUCAUUCGAGCUCUUGAGGUAACAAUAAACUAGCUUAUAGUGAGGGGGUACAGGAUUAUAUUCCCCCCUAUUUUUGUAGAAUAAUGUCAACUAAUUCACUCACAGUUCACUUUUCUGUGUGAAUAGAGUUAGAAUCACCACACACACAAAAGUGGUAAAUGAGCUACAUACUUAAAUGUUAAAUAAUCUUUAGAUUUCGCAACAUCGUAUAUUAAUUUCUGAGCCAAUCAAAACUUGAAUGUAACCAUAAAUUAUUAUUUCUGAGUUCAUGUAGUGUAUUUCUUCACAGAUUUUCAACAAAGUAGAAAUGACUAUUAUGACUCGUAGGGCAAUACAUCUAUAUUGCCGACUGUGUAAACAAUAGUAGCUUCAGUCAGAGCUACAUACAUGCGCAUUACCUUUAUCCAUUUCUUAAUUUUAACUUUGAAUUAUUGCAAUGGGCAUAAUGCCAUAAUCUACACGGAAAUUAUACAAAUACAAUUUUAUACGUAAGAAAAAAAA